CGAUUCAAAAUCCGACUCAACUUUGACUCAGACUCAAAUCACCUAGGUGGCUCAUAUUCAAAAUUCUGAAUCAUUCUGUACAGCAUCUCCUUUCCUACAUAUGCCGGACACGACCCCCCAGUCCCUGUCCAUCAUCACCUCCUGCAUUUUGCAGACAUAUAUCCAAUAUGUCAACUCACUUGCACACGGAGGAUUCUCAGCUCAUCAAUGAUAUGCACCGGCUCUCAAAGAAGUUUCAAAAGCUGGUACGAUCAAUGAUGUAUAGUGUGCCGUCAAAUCCCUUCAUCUCUGUUCGAAGCUGGAAGAUGAACGAGUUCAAGUACUAUGACAUUCCAUCGCCCUUUCCAACGCUAAUGAGAGGUCUGUUCAGCCGUGAACUUGCAUAUGGAGAUAACUCUGAGGGAGAGAAAAAGUACCCAAUCGUAGCUCGAGGAAAUGAUAAGUUUUUCAACAUCGGAGAGGCCCCAUGGAGCGAUUGGUCAACACUCUCCUUACAUACGGGACCCACAUAUACGCUGUCACUCAAAUCUAAUGGAUGUAUCAUAUUUGUGAUUGUCACGACCAAGCAUGCACUAGGUUCAAUGCAAGGGAAGCGCUUGGUAGAUAAGGUCAAAACUGAGGAACAGCUGGCAUCGAGAUCAUGGGAGAAGAACUGGACAGCAAUCAUCGUCGAGCUUUGCGACGACAGCUUUGAGGAGCAUGUACUCCCUCAUCCUACUGAGAAGUCAGGUCUACAUCUCCACGGAAUAAACGCAACUUCGAGGGAAUUUCAUACCGUGCCUACGGAAACGGUUGACGCAUUCGCAGAAGAACGGGGAAUUAUCAAGACGCCUGCCAUCGCCCUGAACUUGAUUCCUGAAGUUAAAUCCUUCGCUGACGAUAUCGCGAAAACCGGGAAAUGGAAUGGCAAAGCACUCGAGGGAUUUGUAGUCCAUACGCACAUCAUCGAUCCAAAGCAGGGGUCUACCACUCGCAAUACACGUCCUCCUUACCCAAUAGGAUCCUCUCUUUUGCAAAGUAAAGUUCGAUGA